AUGUCAGGGAAUGAGAUCCUUAUCAAAGUUGUGGCCCAGGCCAUUCCAAGUUUCAUCAUGAACUAUUAUAGAUCACCCGUUGGUGUGUGUCAAGAGAUUGAAGGAAUGUUGUCAAAGUUUUAUGGGGAACUAAAAAUGGGGAGGGGGAAAUACAUUUUUUCAGCUGGGACAAAAAUCCCAAUCUAUGUAUGGCGAAGUAUCUUGAGUGCUAUGGAGUGUGUCACCAAGGGAAGCAAGUGGUUAAUUGGAACAGGAGCAAAGGUUCAUAUUUGGAAGGACAAUUGGAUCCCUGGGGUCGCUGGUUUCAAGCCUGUGAGCUCAGUGUGUGUUCUCAACUGUGAUGCCAAGGAUUGUGAUUUGAUUGACCAUCACUUGGGAUGUUAG